UGAGAGAGAGAGAGAGAGAGAGGGAGCUGUGCGUGGCUGAUGAUUAGCAUGACGCGCAGGAAUGGUAUUCGGACUUCUUCGUGUGUGCUCGUAGCUGAUAGAUUCUCAGGCGGACCAGGCGACUCCUCCCCAUCUCCUCCGUGACACUACUUUUCGGUUGUGUGUGUGUGUGUGUGUGUGUGUGUUUUGGAGCGCGUGUUUGGGGAAACAGAAGAGACAGAAGCGAGGCUGACUUUGAGCAGAGAAUGGCGUUGUGAAAGUUCUCCUGAAGCGCUGAUAUUGCGCGACGCCGGUGUUGUGUUUCCGCCUGAGAGACGCGCGCGCAGUCUUGUGCUUUCUGCUGCGAAGCGACCUCGAGCUGAGGCUUUAGUGAGACAUCCAGGCUUGGCUUUCAGUUGACCGGACUGCAGCAUGUUCUAGCGGUUGCUGUGCUGCUCCACAAGGCCGUUUUGGAGCUCUCGAGAGCUGUCACUGCUGUUGUGCGUGUGGCAGUGCGUGUGGCAGUGCGUGUGCUGCUGCAGGGAGAGAUGGUCGCUCUGAUCAACUUAAGAAGCAGCGCCAACGCGUAAAGUCGAAGCCAGACAUCCCGUGGACGGUGACCGAUUUUUAUAAAGAAUAAUCGCUGCCAGGCAUUUUUCUAGGUCUGAUCUCUUCUAUCCUGUGCACAGUGCCUGAUCUGUUUUUUUUUUUUAAUAAAUAAACGAGCUCGUGGACAUUUUCGCAUUUUUCUACUCUAUGUUUGUCUUUGUUUCUACGAAUCCGACUGCGCGGAGGACAUCGAGGCCACUGAUGUAACUCCAGCUGAAACGUGUGACAGAGAGAGAGAGAGAGAGAAAGAGAGAGAGAGAGAGAAAACACAGCUGAUAGCACAGCAAGCACUCCUGCUUCUGGCUUUUAGAGAAAGGAAUAAAACGCACAUCUUGGUCGUAGUGAUGCUGCAAGUGGAAAUGGUGCUGUUGGUGUGUGUGUUGCUGUGGAUGUGUGUGCUGAGCCAGGAGCCGAGCUCCAAGGUGAUGGCUGACCGCUACGCUGUCUACUGGAACCGCACGAACCCCAGGUUUCACCGUGGAGACUACCACAUUGACGUCUGCAUAAACGACUACCUGGAUGUCUACUGCCCACACUAUGAGGACUCAGUGCCUGAGGAGAGGACCGAGCGCUAUGUCCUCUACAUGGUGAACUACGAUGGCUACAGCACCUGUGAUGACACAGCCAAGGGCUUCAAGCGUUGGGAGUGCAACAGGCCACACUCGCCCAAUGGGCCACUCAAAUUCUCUGAGAAGUUCCAGCUCUUCACACCCUUCUCCCUGGGUUUUGAGUUCCGGCCAGGCCGAGAGUACUAUUAUAUAUCAUCCAUGGUUACAGAGAGUGGAAGAAAAGGUUGUCUUAAGCUGAAAGUUUUUGUCAGACCAGCAAACAGCUGUGUGAAAAUCAUAGGUGUUCAUGAUCGAGUGUUUGACGUUAAUGACAAAGUAGACAAUUCAUUAGAACCAAGAGAUGAUACCAGUCACGAAUCAGCCGAACCUUCUCGGAGCGAUACAGCUAAUUCAGGGCAUCGGCCCCUGAUGGCACGUCCACUGAUGGCUUUCUUGCUGUUCUGCAUUUCUGCACUUCUCACCUUAUAGCCCCGUAUGUCCUUCCUGCAGACAAGUCCCAGCAGCCCCCACUACUCCUUGCCCAAGCAGCCACAAGGCUUGUACAGGCAAGGGCUGCAGGCCACAGGAUUCUUCUGAGACUCUCCAGGAGCACUACAUUUGGCCCUUUUUCCAAAUAUUUAAGUGGUCCUUUAUCAAGAAGAAAAGAUUGAUUAGUAGUAUGAGGGAGAAAAGCUAAUCUGGCCUUUAGAAAAUCAGCGGUGAACUCAAUCAAGUUGUAACAUCACUUGGGAUCCAUUCCAAGUAGCCAAGUUUGAAAAACUGUGGUUUUAAGUGGUUUUUAAUUAAAAUAAACAUGUACAAAUGUCUACAUAAAGGGUGUUCCCUGGUACAGAUUUAUGAGACAUUGAAGGUCUAUUUGUCAGUUUGUUCCUGUUGGCUUUUUUUUCCUACCCCAUAAAAAUUUGCAAGGAUCAACAGAUUGUCAAAAUCUAAAUUUGACUAAAACUGCGUAUGUCCAGAUGGCUGGAAGUCUGGAGAUUGCACUCAAAGGGGAAAAUGGCUGUGUACGUUAAUUGACAUAAUGUUGCAUUGGAAAUGAGAGGGAGGUAAAACAUUUAUUCUCUGCAAACAAGGGACUUAUCUUAGUAGACCACAGCAUUAAAACAGUGCUUUUGUAUUUUGUAGGAUAAACCUACUGCAGCAUAAAUAACUCUAUUUUUCCUGUUGGCUUUUAUCUAUUGAUAUAAAAUAGCAGCAUUAACAAAUCAUAAAAACUCCUGGUCAUAAUGACUGUGAGUGUGCAGCUCUGUAUAUACAGCACCACAAGAGACUGCACAUAGCUGACAUUAUUUCCCCCUAAUUUUCUGGAUGGAAAUAUUAGCAUCUCUUGCACUCAGCUUUGCAAAUAAGAUCCAGAGCUAGGGAAAAAAAAUGUAUUUAAAUCUAAAGAAGCAUUUUAUUUUCAACUGCAUUGAAAUGGCCAUUAACCCACGUAAAGUGCCCACAUAUUCUUAUACAACAUUAACAUUAACUGUGACACCAGAUUUCUUUGUGAGCGUGCUCUUUGCCUUUGCAUGGCAGCCUUAGAUAUAAAAUGUGCUUUUGUCAGGCCUGCAGCAAGUAGGCUCAGGCUUGAGUAAGACCAGAGCGUGCCGAGUUACACCUCUAACUGUUUCCAAUUUAAGUGACUCUCUAAUGAGGUUUCAAUUUGGCUGGCAUGCAGAGCCUAUGCUGUCUGUAUUUUUGGUAUUGAAACUAGAAGGUUAAUUGCAUGGACAGUGCUGAGGUGACUCAGAUUUCACUGGGACUUUUUUUAACCUUGUGGUCAGAGGGUUCUGUGUGGAGUACACAAACAACAGCUCAGGCUGAGAAGUUGUUGUGGUGAAGGCUUUGGCAAUUAGGUAGCUGGCACAAUAAACAAUGGUGGGAACUUUUGAAAAAGUCUGAUAUUGUGUAAUUGUUUCUGUUUUUCAAUUCUCAGUAGGCCCGUUUUUCCCUACUUUCCCUUUCUGGGGUCCUGGAGAGAAGGUGCAUUCCUGUUAGAAUGGUAACUGUCUGUGCAGAAAGACCACUUGGGAUGUUAAACUAAUUUAGAUGAGGAAAAAUGCCACCACAUGUGCUUAAUUUCAUGGUCCAAAUCCAAAACUAUGGAAGCCUUUGGAACUCUAAUCCAAUAGUAUUUGUAUACCUACCAUUUAUACUCUUGAUUAUUAUGCUUAUCAUACUUUAUACACACUUUAAAACAGGAAAUAAGGCGCAAUUACAUGGAUACUGUGUAUCCUAAAGUAGUCAAGAUGUCAUUAAACAACUACAGAAAACAUCACUGACCACAUUAUUAUUAUUAUUAUUAUUAUUAUUAUUAUUAUUAUUAUUAUUGAUAUGCGAAAGCUGCUGUAUAUAGUGUUUGAUAUGGAGGUAUUCAUUUGAUUAAAUCUUUUCUAAAAAAAACCUAAUAAAGUGAAAAAAGAUUUCUGAAGAACUGAAGUGAGCAUACACAUGAACGUGAUCUUCAGAAGCCAAUGGAGCCAGUACCUAACAAACUUAGAUCUGUGGAGGGAAACCAACCGGCAUCCGGAGUGUUUCAUCUUUCACAUGCCUGUAUUUCAGAUCUCCUCCCACCACCGCCAUCAACUGGAAGAUUCAGUCAGAGAGCAGUGUCGGAAUGUACGUAACUGGAUUCAGUGUUUUUGAGGGUUUCAUUGUCUGAAAGCAUUUGUUUUUCAGCCUUUUUUUUCCAUGACAGACUUGUCAGUUUCAUUAUGUGGCAUGCGCAUGAACUCGACAGUGAAAAACAUGUUAGAUAAAGUGUUGUUUUUGCUUGUUUUUCCACUCUGGUUUUUCUGUAUGUUGAUGACAUAAAAUAAGUGUUUCUCUCAAAGCUUUGUCCAUUGAAAUGGGAGCAUUGCACAGAUGAGUAGAUGAGAUGUUUUACCCAAACUACCCAGCAGGAUGGAGGAUGACUGUAUAUAGCACUGUUAUGGACUGGCAGCAAGGAAACAGGGAUACAGCAAGGUUAUGUUUGCUUUGUGUUUCUUCUAAUAAAGGGAAUCUGUCCUCCAUAAAAUAAUUUAUUUAAACCAUGAAAAUCAUGUUAUUACACUAUAACACAACGCUUGCAAUGCUUGCCCUUUUUUUUCCUCUUUGUGAGAUGCAGCCACUUUUGGUUGUCAAUGAGGUGGCCUUUCCUGCCGUAGUCCUUAAAUCCUUUAAAAUGCCAAGACCAGUGUUUGUACCAUCUAGUCAUUGGCACCAUUGUUCUGAUUUUUAGGUAUUAUUUUAGUUUGUCGUUUACUCAACCCUUACCCUUUUUCUCAUAUUCUGGGGAUAACUCAUUUGUACAUAUACUGUAUAUCAGAAGGCCCACAUGCUCCUGUCUUUUUGUUUGUUUGUUUUUUUGUGAUUCUCAUUUUUCCUUUGCAUCUCUUGGUGCUGUGUUUGAUCAGCUUUCACCACUGUACAAACAGGAACAGAAUUUUGAACAAAUAAUAAUAAUAAAAAAGAUCUGUAUUUGUAUAUACAUGUGUCUGAGCAACUAUGAAUAAUGAUUAAAGGAAAAACACA